AUGUAUUAUCGAACAUUUACUGAUUUUGAAUCAUUGUCUGAAAUAUCUGGAAGAAAACCAACCAAUUCUUCGCAAGUUUUAAAUGAUCUUAAAGAUUUAGAUAAAAUACCAAAACACCUUGGUGUUAUGUUUUGGGGAAAUUUCAAUAAUAGUAACAAUGUCAAUAACAUUGAUAAGGAAAUAAAAAUGAUUAAGGAAGCGGCAGAAUUAUGUUGUUGGUGUAAAUGUGCUGGAAUUAAGAUAUUGAGUAUUUAUGAGAGUGAAGAUAAAAUAGUAGACUUACAAAUCAAUUUAAUUUCACGCUUUGAAGGAAGAGAUCACAUAAUAAAAGUGGUUAGAUCAUUGGCUGAAGAAGUGAAGCUAAAAAAAGUUAAAAAUGAUGAGAUUGAUGUUGGAGAAUUUGAUAAAAGAUUAAGCAUUCCACAAUUUCCAGAACCACAACUUUUAAUUUUAUUUUCUCCAAGAAUUGAAUUCGAUGGAUUUCCACCUUGGCAUAUUCAUUUAACUGAAAUAUUUCAUGUACCUAAUAAUAAUAAAUUCCAUUAUACAAUAUUUAUAGAAGGACUUAGAAAAUAUUCAAAAGUUGACCAAAGAUUUGUGGAAACAAAUGACCUAGUUGUCACUACUACCAACACAGGAAUAUUUAGCUCAUCAGAUUCCGAAAAAGCAAUUUGGGAAUCGCAUAAUUAUUUAGAUCAAGAAAUAAAAAUCAACGAAGAUACGUGGCGAGAUGAUUUAAUUUCUCCAAUACUAAGAUUCCCAUUCGCAACAUUGAUGAUAUCAUCAGAUUAUGUGAUAGAGAAAAAUGCCAAACGACAAACAAGAAAUGGCAAAGAUGGACCCACGAGAUUUCCGGAUUAUAUGUGGACCCUAAUAGGAAAAAUAUUUAAAUAUAGAUAUGAAUUGUUGUUUAUUGAAGUAUCAUAUGGUACAAAAGCAACAGGAGAAGAACUCAAUGAUAUCCCUGAAGGAGAGAUCGAAUCGACUUGGGAUGAAGUUGUUGAUAAUUUUGAUAAUAUGAAUCUAAAGCCUGAGUUGCUUCGUGGUAUUUAUGCAUAUGGUUUCGAAAAACCAUCUGCAAUUCAACAAAGAGCCAUUAUCCCAGUUAUAAAAAAUCAUGACGUGAUCGCUCAAGCACAAUCUGGAACGGGAAAAACCGCUACGUUCUCAAUCUCCAUUCUUCAAAAAAUCGACAUGUCAAUCAGUCAAUGCCAGGCACUUAUUCUUGCACCAACUCGUGAACUGGCGCAACAAAUUCAAAAAGUGGUGAUCGCGCUCGGCGAUUUUAUGAACGUUGAGUGUAACGCGACAAUUGGCGGCACGAAUGUUCGUGAGGGAAUCAAGAAACUAGAGGCUGGUGCUCAUGUAGUUGUCGGUACCCCGGGACGUGUAUUCGAUAUGAUUAAUCGUAGAGCUUUGAAAACCGAUUCCAUAAAGAUGUUUGUGCUUGAUGAGGCGGAUGAAAUGUUGUCACGUGGUUUCAAAGAACAAAUAUAUGAUGUUUUCCAAUUACUUCCACCAACUACACAAGUUGUUCUUUUAUCUGCUACCAUGCCAUCUGACGUUCUUGAAGUUUCCAACAAGUUUAUGCGCGACCCUGUUAGAAUUUUGGUCAAACGUGAUGAAUUGACAUUAGAGGAAGAAUGGAAACUUGAUACAUUAUGUGAUUUAUACGAAACAGUCACCAUCACCCAAGCCAUUAUUUUUUGUAAUACCAGAAGAAAAGUAGAUUGGUUGACUGAUAAAUUACAUUCUAGGGAGUUUACUGUUUCGGCUAUGCAUGGUGAUAUGGAUCAGGCUCAACGAGACGUUAUCAUGAAAGAAUUCCGGUCAGGAUCUUCUCGUGUACUUAUUGCUACUGAUAUUUUAGCUCGUGGUAUUGAUGUUCAACAAGUAUCAUUGGUUAUUAAUUAUGAUCUUCCUACAAAUCGUGAAAAUUAUAUUCAUCGUAUUGGCAGAGGAGGUCGUUUUGGUAGAAAAGGUGUUGCUAUCAAUUUUGUUACUAGUGAUGAUGUUAGAAUGCUUAGAGAUAUAGAACAAUUUUAUAAUACACAAAUUGACGAAAUGCCAAUGAAUGUGGCAGACUUGAUUUAA